CGUUACCAUUGGUCGGUUGCCGAGAGCCGUCGUCGUCUUUCUCUGUCGCACGUUACAUCAUUGCGCUGUUUUGUUUGCCGCUCCGUCCGCUGAUUUACGGUCAUUGCGUAUAUCUCGACUUACCCGUUCUACUUUAAUGCCAUCAAAUACUCACUCAUCAUCAUCAUCAUCAUUAAGUGUUAACUAGUGCAUUGUUUUUUACACUCUUCUAUGAAGAAAUAAUUAUUAUUCUAUCUUGGUUUUUUAUUAUCCGAUGUCUGGUGCUGAAGUACUGGACACCUCUUGUGAAUUGCCGGCCAAGAAGCGUAAACUGGCUUCCGGUGAACCGUCUACAGUGUCUUUAGAGGUAUUAUCCAACGCUCAGGUAACAAUGUCUAAUAAAAACGGUGUGGGAGAAAUCGAUGAGGGUUUGUACUCUCGGCAGCUUUACGUGUUGGGGCAUGAUGCUAUGCGAAAAAUGGCCUCUUCCGACAUAUUGAUAAGCGGUCUCGGCGGUCUUGGUGUAGAAAUUGCCAAGAAUGUCAUUCUUGGCGGAGUGAAAUCAGUUACAUUGCAUGACACUGUUAGCUGCACUUUCUCAGAUCUGUCGGCUCAAUUUUAUUUGAGUGAAAACGAUGUUGGUAAAAAUAGAGCUGAAGUGAGCUGUCCUAAAUUGGCGGAGCUCAAUUCUUAUGUGCCAGUGAAAUCUUACACUGGUGACUUAUCUGAAUCCUACAUCAAACAGUUUAAAGUAAUUGUAUUGACAGAAACAACGCUUGAUGAACAAUUACGCAUAUCAGAAAUUACACAUUCAAAUAGUAUUGCUCUUAUUGUUGCUGACACGAGGGGUGUAUUUUCUCAGGUGUUCUGUGAUUUUGGCGAUGGGUUUAUUGUAACUGAUUCAACUGGCGAAAACCCCAUUUCUGUUAUGGUAGCUGGUAUAACAAAAGACGAGCAAGGUGUUGUUACUUGUAUGGAUGAAUCUCGACACGGAUUCGAAGAUGGAGAUUAUGUGACUUUUUGUGAAGUACAGGGUAUGUGCGAACUGAAUGGAUGCAAACCAAAAAGAAUUACUGUAUUAGGUCCAUAUACUUUUAGUAUUGGCGACACUACAUCUUUUUCAAAUUACUUAAAGGGAGGAAUUGCUACUCAAGUUAAAAUGCCAAAAAAAUUAAGUUUCAAAUCUUUAAAGAACUCUAUUACAGAACCCGAAUUUUUAAUAUCUGAUUUUGGGAAAUUUGAUAGGCCUAAUCAAUUGCAUUUAGCAUUCAUUGCUCUUCAUAAAUUUAUUGCAAGAAAUAGCCGCUUGCCUAAUCCAUGGAGCACAGAUGACGCUGAAAUGUUUUUAAAAAUAGUAGAAAGUGAAAAUUCAAACUCUAUUGAAAUUGAUGUUGAACUUAUAAAAAAAUUUUCUAAAGUUUGUGCUGGAAAUAUUAAUCCAAUGACAUCAUUUGUUGGUGGAAUCGUAGCUCAAGAAAUAAUGAAAUCUUGCUCUGGAAAAUUUAGUCCAAUAUUUCAAUGGCUAUAUUUUGAUGCGCUUGAAACUUUACCUGAAGAAGUUACAGAAAAAGAUGCGAAACCAAUUGGAAACCGUUAUGAUGGACAAGUAGCUGUAUAUGGUCAAAAGUUUCAAAGUGUUCUAGGUAACUUGAAAUAUUUUGUUGUUGGAUCUGGAGCUAUAGGAUGUGAAUUGUUAAAGAAUUUUGCUAUUAUGGGAGUUGGAUGUGGAAAUGGUAAAAUUUAUGUUACUGAUAUGGAUUUAAUUGAAAAAUCAAACUUAAACAGACAGUUUUUAUUCAGGCCUCAAGAUGUUCAGAAUUCUAAAGCUGAAACAGCAGCUAAGGCUAUAAAAUGUAUGAAUCCACAUGUGAAUGUUGAACCACAAACCAACAGAGUAUGUCCUGAAACAGAAUCGACCUAUAACGACACAUUUUUUGAAAGUUUAGAUGGAGUAGCUAAUGCACUAGACAAUGUAGAUGCACGUAUAUACAUGGACAGACGUUGUGUUUUUUACAAAAAACCUCUUUUAGAAUCUGGAACUUUAGGUACAAAAGGCAAUACACAAGUGGUUAUUCCCAACUUCACUGAAUCAUAUAGCACUUCACAGGACCCUCCGGAAAAGAGUAUACCAAUUUGUACUCUUAAAAAUUUCCCUAAUGCUAUAGAACAUACAUUACAAUGGGCUAGAGAUUUAUUUGAAGGUCUAUUCAAACAGACUCCUGAAAAUGUAAAACAAUACUUGGAAGAUCCAACUUUUAUGGAGCGAACAAAUCGUUUACCUGGACUUCAGCCAGUCGAAAUUAUAGAAAGUGUUAGAUCAUCAGUAACAGAACGACCAAAAAAUAUUGACGACUGCAUUACAUGGGCUAGACUACACUUUGAGGAACAAUUUACAAACCAAAUAAAACAACUUUUGUUCAAUUUCCCACCAGACCAAAUGACAUCUAGUGGCCAACCAUUUUGGUCUGGACCAAAGCGUUGUCCAAAACCGAUCAUAUUUGAUGUAAACAAUAUUCUACAUUUAGAUUAUAUAUUUGCAGCGGCUAAUUUAAGAGCAGAGACUUAUAAUAUCAGUCAGGUCCGGGAUCGAGCCUAUAUAUCCAAUGUUGCAUUGUCGGUUAAAGUUCCUGAAUUUGUUCCGAAAUCUGGAGUGAGAAUUGCUGAAAAUGAUUCACAAAUAACUAAUGGUUCAUCAAAUUAUGAUUCCAAUAAACUUAACAAAAUGCAAAAGGAAUUGCCACCAGUCAGUGCUUUAAAAGACUUGAAAAUUAUUCCUUUAGAUUUUGAAAAAGAUGAUGAUAGUAAUUUGCAUAUUGAUUAUGUUGUAGCAGCAUCCAAUUUAAGAGCGACAAAUUAUGAAAUUCAGCCUGCUGAUCGUCAUCGCAGUAAGCUCAUUGCCGGUAAAAUUAUUCCAGCUAUUGCUACAACAACUUCAGUUGUAGCUGGUCUUGUUUGUCAAGAAUUCAUCAAGUUGGCUUGGGGGUGCAAAGAAUUGGAAAAAUAUAAAAAUGGCUUUGUAAAUUUAGCUUUACCAUUUUUUGGUUUUUCAGAACCUUUACUUGCACCCAAAUUUAAAUAUUAUGAAAACGAAUGGACGUUAUGGGAUCGUUUUGAAGUAGAAGGGGAACUCACAUUGAAUGAAUUUUUAAAUUAUUUCAAAGAAAAGCACUCUCUGGAAAUCACUAUGCUGUCUCAAGGAGUCUGUAUGUUGUAUUCAUUCUUUAUGCCCAAAGCCAAGAGAGAAGAACGUAUUAACACAAAAAUGUCUGAAAUUGUACGUAAUAUUUCAAAGAAGAAAAUUGAGCCACAUGUGAAGUCCUUGGUUUUUGAAAUAUGUUGUAACAACUUGGAAGGUGAAGACGUUGAAGUACCAUAUGUGAAGUACAACUUACCCCAAGACUUUCAAUACUAAUAUAUAAUCAGUGAAUCCAGCAAUCAGUUUUCAAUAAAAUACUUAUAAUUAACAUAAAACAAUACUAAAUAAAUGAUUGAUACGGUUAUGUACUAUUUUGCUUUACAUUAAAGGUUUUUAAAUUCUUAAUGAGUUAAGUUCACAUCUAUAUUCCAAAAUAUCACCAUAUAUACAUUAUACUUUUUUUUCAACUUUGGUGUUCUGUCUAACAAUAAAAUAAAAAUAUUUGUUUAAAUGUAUAUUAAUAAAUUUAGAUAAAAAGAAAA